AUGACCCUGCCGCUAUCCUGUCAAAUUUUGGUAGCAGGCAGUGGCAAUGCUGGGUUCUCGGCUGCCGUCGCUGCUAAGCAGGCGGGAGCAAACGAGGUAAUCCUCGUGGACAAAUGUCCCGAAGAAUGGGCGGGUGGUAAUUCCUACUUCACUGCAGGAGCAUACCGAACGGUCCACCAUGGCAAAGACGACCUUCUCCCGCUGGUCAACAAUGUCGACGAGGCAACAGCGGCCAAGAUCGACAUGGAACCGUACACUAUCCAAGACUUUUCAAACGACAUGAAGAGGAUAUGUGCUGGGAGAUCUGAUCCUGAACUGAGUAAAAUUCUGGUCGAAGACUCCAACUCUGCCAUCAAGUGGCUGAGGCAGAACGGCAUUCGUUUUCAAUUGUCCUUCAACCGACAGGCUUACGAGAUUGAUGGCCGGCUGAAGUUCUGGGGUGGCCUAGCCCUGAAAACCGAAGAUGGCGGGAAGGGUAUGAUUGAAGAUCAUAAAGCCGCCGCUCGCAAGCACGGUGUUUCGGUGCACUAUUCAACCGCACUACAAAAUCUUAUCACAGACCCAGAUACUGGAGCGGUCACGGGAGCUGUGGUAUCGCAGAACGGCAAGACCAUGAAGAUCGAGGCCGGUGCAGUGAUUCUGGCAGCUGGCGGAUUCGAAGCCAAUCCGCGAAUGCGCUCUCAACUGCUAGGCCCCGGCUGGGACCUUGCCAAGGUUCGCGGUACCCCUUUCAACACCGGAGACUGCCUAGAGAUGGCGAUGCGAGACGUAAGAGCCCGACAAGCCGGCAACUGGUCUGGUUGUCAUUCAGUGGCAUGGGAUGCCAACGCUCCAGCUCAUGCUGGAGAUCGCGUGGCGUCCAAUGAAUUCACAAAAUCAGGCUACCCGUUGGGUUUGAUGUUCAACAUUAACGGCGAGCGGUUUGUGGAUGAAGGCGUGGAUCUGCGGAACUACACUUACGCCAAAUUUGGCCGUGCCAUACUAGGUCAACCGGGACAGAAGGUGUUUCAAUUAUGGGACCAACGAACCAUCUCUUGGCUACGGGCAGAAGAGUAUCGUGAAGAGCGCGUAAGGAGGGUCAUGGCAGAAACAAUCCCUGAAAUGGCCGAUAAACUCGCAGAGUGCGGGCUCGUGGAUCGACAGGCGUUCAUUGACAAUAUGGAAGCAUACAACAAGGCCGUGUAUGCUUUUCAGCAGGAGAACCCAGGGACGAAGUGGGAUCCCGCUGUCAGGGACGGUUGUUCUACGCAGUCCUCGGCCAUGAAACUACCGCUCGGGAAGACGAACUGGGCGCUUCCGCUAGAUAAGGGUCCAUUUAUGGCAGUCGAGGUAACAUGCGGCAUUACAUUCACGUUCGGUGGUUUGUCGACCGUCGCGGGAACUGCUCAAGUCAUAUCCGAAUCUGGGAAACCGAUUCCGGGUCUUUACUGCGUCGGAGAGAUGAUGGGGGGUUUGUUCUACGAGAAUUACCCUGGGGGCAGUGGGCUGACCUCGGGGGCAGUCUUUGGUAGACGGGCGGGUACUGCGGCGGCGACAGAGGUCUUGCACGGCGGUUCUGCGGUUCAAGAAAGUCCAAGACUGUAA